AUGAAGUUUAAGUUCAAGGAGACCCAUACUUUUGAACAAAGACAACAAGACUCUACGAAGAUAAAGAACAAAUAUGUUGGUCGUGUACCAGUUGUUGUUGAGCGUCAUCUCAACUCCCAAAUAGCAGACAUUGACAAACAUAAAUUUCUUGUUCCAGACGAUGUGACAGUUGCACAGUUUAUGUGGAUCAUUCGCAAACGUAUUGACAUUUCACCAGAGAAAGCUCUUUUCCUGUUUGUUGGGAAAACGAUGCCCCAGGCUAGUGCUACAAUAGGACAACUGUACUCUGAUUUCAGUGAUCCUGAUGGAUUUCUAUUUUACUUGGAAAAUACACUUCUCCAUCUAAAAACAAGAUUUUUAACACGUGACGUGAAAAAUUUAUACUUAUGAAUAAAUCGAUGAAGAAAAAAUAUACACGCAAACAAACAAACAAGCAGACAAAACUACAACUGCGUCAAUCUAUUUUGUUAUUCGCUUAUACACUUUGUUAUUAUUAUUAUUGAUAAGUUUUGCUUGUUAUUAUUAUUAGUGGAAAUGAGGAACAAUGAAACGUAUUAUCAGACACUCUACCCCUCACCAGUACCUGCCACUUUAGUGUGGUGGUCAGGUUGGUGUGUCACAGUGAAUCAACGAGAUACACCAACUGGAAUUGAUGUUCCUGAAGAUUCUAACACGUGAGAAAGUUCGUUUGGAUAGAGGUUAGACUAAAA